AUGUACCAUUCCAUCUGGAGUCUUACUCUACCAACGUACCACACGCUAUCUCCACCAACCAUCACAUCCAACCAAGAAACUGAUGAAUUAACAGACUCAGCAUACGCACGAUACAUUAAGUUCCUCAUUCCACCAGCAAUUUAUAAAUCCAAACUACCACCACCAUCAAAAGACAUAGAAGCCAACCUUUUUCUUGUCGGAAAAGACCCAUACAAUCCAGUCAAUCCGCCAUUUGACCAUGAAAUAUUUGAUAAGCAUAGACACGUCUAUCCUGACGUCCUCUGGUUCCAGCCAUACGCUAAGAAUCCCAGUGCUAUAAACUUUUCACUAACUUUAGGCCUUCUAAUCGAAUCAGGUGAUGUCGACGCCGUCGUUAUCCCAAUUCCUAAUAUAUGGAUCAGUCUAACUGAAAAUAAUUCAAUGUACCUUCAGGGAUCAAUCCCAAUUGAAUACAUUAAUAAAUUCAGUCCUUCACACGAAGAGAACAACAGACUUAGACAUAUACUAGAGUCCUAA